UCUAGAAGAACUAGCAACCUUAGAAAAAGUUCCAGACAGAAUGUCAAAGGCCGUAUUUUUAAUUUGCAUAUGUGAAUUUUGUGAAAGAUUUGCCUAUUGGGGCGCAACGGGACCUUUCCAAAACUACAUCGAAUUUCCGGUUCCAAAAGAAAAAGACGGUCAACCUGGAGUUAUUGGCGCUGCAGAUCAAUAUUUAGGAAGAUAUAAGACAAUUCUUAUCUUUUCUCUAGUGUACAUUACCGGGUUAAUUAUUUUAACGCUCACUGCAAUUCCGCCCGCGAUAGAGGCCAAAGCUUCUUUACCUGGCCUUAUAAUCUCGAUGAUCAUUAUCGGGAUCGGAACCGGAGGAAUCAAGACAAACUGUGUCACUAUGGCUGCGGAUCAAUUUCGUCGCAAAGAUCCUUAUGUUAAAACUUUGAAGUCUGGAAAAAAAGUUAUUGUCGAUCCAGAACUCACCAUCUCAUCAAUGUUCCAUUGGUUCUUUCUUUCAUUAAGCUUUGGAUCUCUUUCUCCAUUGAUCACAACUUACAUUGAAAAAUAUCAUUCAUUUUGGAUGGCUUUCCUCAUUCCUACUAUAAUGUUUCUCAUUUCGGUUAUAGUCUUUGUCUAUGGAAGUAAUAUAUAUGUUAAAAUACCACCAAAUAGCUCUGCAUUGUUGGAUUUAUUCAAUGUUUUUCGGUUGGCUUUUAAACAUGGUAGAAAUCUUGAUAAUGCCAAACCAUCAAAAUUUUCCUUGGACGCCGCAAAACAAUACAAAAUUAAAUGGGAUGAUAAAUUCGUGGAUCAAAUACGAGCAACGAUUAAAGCUUGUAGAGUUAUUCUAGCAUAUCCCAUUUAUUGGGUUUGUUAUAUGCAAGUUUAUAAUAAUUUAAUUUCUCAAGCCGCUACAAUGACGGUUAAGUUCAUACCAAACGAUAUGAUGUAUAAUUUGAAUCCUAUAACUUUGAUGAUUUUCACUCCUAUCGCCAACCACAUCAUAUAUCCUGCUUUGAGACGCAUCGGAAUUAAUUCUCACCCUGUAACGCGUAUCUCUAUCGGUUUUAUAAUAAUCGCUUUUGCAAUGUUAUAUUCGGCAAUUAUCCAGUAUAUCAUUUAUAAUACUGGUCCAUGUUUUGAGGAAACUCGUUGUAUAAUCGAUGGAAAACCAGUCCCAAACGAUAUUAGUAUUUGGUGGCAAGCUCCUUAUUAUAUUCUAAUUGGAUUUUCAGAAAUUUUAGUAUGUAUCACGGGUCUUAAUUAUGUUUACGAUAAGGCACCAUUACAACUUAAAUCUACAAUAACAGCUUUAUAUUUAACGACGUUAGCUGCGGGAUCAUUACUAGGAUUUGUUUUUGUCCCGCUAUCAAAAGAUCCUUAUCUAGUUUGGCAAUAUAGCAUUUUAGCUGCAGUUUCAUCUAUUACUGGAAUACUUUUAUUCAUAUUUUUUAGAGAUUCUGAUGUUGAAGAGAAGUCCAAAGUUAUCAGAGUACUCUACGAGGUACUUAUCUUAGAGAUGAUUGUUUGCAAUGAUAUAUACA